AUACGAUCCGAAGGUUGCAUUGUAAAUUCGCCAAGUUCUCCCUCAAACCCUCAAAAAUUCACAAAACAGCCGUCCCUCAACCCUCCUCUCGAGUGUGCAGUGCUAGUGAGUGCGCUUCAACCAUGUUUCCCCCGCUGGAACCCCUCAAACAGGCAGUUGUUAUGUGAUUUCGCUACCCCAUAAUGGCCGGCCAUGUUUGGCAGAAGGAGACGCAGGUCGUCCACCAUCCGUGUGAUGCAGCUAUUCCAUGAACUAAAACAGCAAUUUCCCACCGUUCCCGACCACGUCGUAAACGCCUGUAUCGCCUCCUACACCCACUCAAACUCCCCUCACAAAGACGCCACCAUCCGGGAGUUGCUGGAAGCUGCCGCCCAAAACCAAGAGCCGAUGGGCCGUUCUCCUCCAACAUCUCAACCCUCACCAACUCCCUCCCAGCACCCUCCACCAGCAACCAGCGAACGAACCGAAAUGAACGCGAGUGCAGGUGACAUAAAUCAAAAUGUAGUCAAAUACGUUAAAAAGCACGAAUCGGUGAGUGUGUGCCCGGAAUCGAAAAGUCAAUUCUUCGUCAAAAGACCGGACACUUUGGAACUCCAACCGUCGGGAAAAUGCAAAGACGUUCACAAACUCUUAAACUCGGAACAUGUGAGUGAUAAUAAGCCGCCACGGUCCCCAAAAAGGGGCACCCGGAGGACUCCUGAGGCGAAAAGACUGCAAGAUGAAGGCAAGAAGGAAACAGCGUCGACUCCAACCCAAACCACCGACACUCUCCUUGGAGGGAACAGUGUCAACCUCUCCCUCAACGUUAACGUGGACGUCCUCCCGAGCCCCACCCGUCGCAAAUCCGUCCUCCAAGUCACCCCACAACAGCCCUGGUUAGAGGAGCCCCUCAGUCCAAGGAGUUACACAAGUGUUAAUCUAACUCUGCGGCCACCUUCGUCCGAACCCCAAGCCCCCAUAGACAUAACCUCUCAAAACUCGAGUCUGACUUACUCCACCCGUAGUUAUGACUCGCAAAAGGGGCUCCAGAGCCGGCUUCAGAUCACUGUAGGGCCUGGGGGUGGGAGCGUUUCUUCAACAAGGGCGAGGCCGAGGAGUAGUUACCACCCAGAGCAAGCUGUGGAGGAGGUGGUACCGUACAGGGCCGGCUCUUUGACUAAUCUUGCGGCAAGCAGUGAACCCCCCGUGAUAUUAAAACAACAGGCCCGAAUCGAUCGUCUCAAAAUCGAGUUAAGAACCGAAAAAGCCAAGCUCGAAGUGAUGCAAAAAGAAGUGAUCGAUUUGGAGGGCCGUAACCGCCCCCUUGCCAUCCAGCCCACUGAUGCAGAGGUGGAGAAACAACUGCGACGGGAAAUCAAGCAUUUGCAGUAUCAGUGCGAGCAGCUAGCUCUCGAAGUGGACAAAAAUAGUGAUUUGCAGGAGGAUUUCUACCAUAACAUUUACACGGGUCAGAGGGGCCCUCUGAACGUAGAAGGGCGCCGCUUCACCCAACCAAAUGCGUUUCAAGACAACGAAGGUCCGAAAUGGAAUUGUCACUUGUGUACAUUCCUUAAUCAUCCAGACUUGGAUAAAUGUGAACAGUGCGAAAUGCCGAGGAUAUUACAUGGUAAAAGUCCCUCAAAUCCGAAUAUUAAUUACCAAAAUCCUACUAAUUACAAUCUUGUGCCUUCCUAUAGUCUUCCGAAUUUUCACGAAAUGAGUAGAGGACCGGUUGUGGUCAACAGACCAAUCGGUUUUCUCCUCAAUGAAAAUAAUGAUAUCACAAGGCCUAAUUGACUGGCUGUGAUUGUACUUUUUCAACUGUGAUAGUUUGAAAAAUUGUUAUUUUAGUACCUUAUGUAUGUUUGUUGAAGCAAUAAAGUUAUUGUAUUGUUCUAA